GUUAAAGUAUUUUUUAAUGAUCCAGCUUCGGUCACACUGAUGAACUGGCUCACCUGGAACUACACUUCUGAGUCAUUUUUAGGAGCGACAAAGGAAAAAUCAUAAACAAAUACGAUGGCCACCUUAAAGGGGCUCUUCAUAUGCGCCUUUCUCACAUGCAUUGGACUUACCUUCCUGAUCCUGGCCUGCGCCGUGCCCUCGCCGAAGAUUUUCUAUCCCUUCUUCGUUUUGCUGUUCUACGUGCUGUCAGUUCUCCCGGUCUUCAUUGCCAAGAGGACAACUCCUGGAAAUGAGACCAAUCCGAAAUCGGAGUUUGCGCUCUUCCUUACCGCGGGGAUGGUGCUGAGUGCCUUCGCCCUGCCCAUCGUCCUAGCCCACGCCACGGUGAUUACCUGGACGGCGGGUAUCCUGACGAUAAUAAGUAACCUUAUUAACUACGGCACCAUCUUCGCGUACGCCAUGCGCGAUGACGAGCCAUAUGGCUCCAUGUUCUAAAGGGGAUUUGUAUUCCACAAAACCCUUUAGGCGAGUAACCGGCGCAGGAAUAUCACCGAUGCACUGAGUCCUGGGGUUACGGCCAUUUAUCUGAAAGCGCGCAUGCUGGUCGCUUAUCCGCAGUCAUCAACAAAUCUCAUAUAAUCAAUUGUAUCCAGAUAAACGAAACAAAAUAAAACAGACGUAGUAAACAUUAGCA